AUGUAUAUUUUGAGAAAUAUGUUCUGUAUAAAAUUUAUGUUAUAUUUUUUAUGGUUAUUGUAUUUAUUGUUCUUGAAUAUUGAGUUUAUUAAAUUUAAAACAUUUCAAUCAUUAGUUUCAUAUGAUAGACCUUCAAAAUGUUUAUCUGAAAAUAGUAAGCAUCACGUGAACUCUGAUAAUAACAAAGGUAAUAAGUUGUUUGGUCAGAAGCAGUUUGGAAACAUAAAUAAGUGUGAUGUUAAAGAUGAUGAAUUAAAAAUAUCUAAAGAUAAUACAAGCAAGAAAAAGAAAAUAUGUUUUAAAAAAGAGAAAAGGUCGAAUGAAGAAGAGUAUAAUAAUUUAGAAAAGGAGAGUGUAGAAGGUACUUGUAAUUUAUUAAAUAUAUUAAAUGUAGAGAAAACAAAAGUUUUUGAUAAUUAUGAAAGUACAUAUAAACAUGGAGAAAAUAAUGAUAUAAUAUGUAUGUCUAAUUUAAAAGAGGACGAAUCGAAAGAGAAUUAUAUUUAUAAUUGGAAUUUAGGUAAAGAGUCCUUAGUAAAGUUUUUAGGUUUUUCAGACUAUUUUAAGAUAAAUGGAGUAAAAUAUUCAGAUUUUGAAUUAACAUCUAUUCCUAUAAUUGGUGAAAAUAAAAGUAAAGGUAGGGUUCAAGAAAUGUUUAAAACAGUUAUUCCUUCAAAUGAUGGGGACCCUGCGAAGGAAGUAAAAUUAUUUAUAAAAAGGAUACCUGUUGAAUGGUGGAUAAAACAGUUUAACUUAAUGGAAAAAUACGAUGGAGAAUAUUUAGUAAAAGCAGAGAAUUAUGUUAUGGAAGGAGUUGCUUUAUCUUUUUUAAGUGAACAUCAUCCAGGUAUUGCACCUAAAUUAUUAAAAAUAUUAUAUGAUGGAAAAAAUGUAAAUCAUGAUAUAAUGGAAGAAUAUAAAUUUAAAGAUAUAUAUGAAUUUAAUAAUAUGUUAAUUGAAAGAAUAAAUAACAAUAUGGAUGGAUAUAUUGUUAUGGUUUCUGAAUUAUUUGGUGAGGAUUUAUUUGAUUUUAAUAAAAGAUUUACAAAAGAAAAAUCUGAUGUAAGAAAUAGUGAUGAAUUCAAAAAAGAAUUACUUUAUAAAUGCUUACGUUUAUUAGUAAGAUUACAUAGUGCAGGUUUAAGUCAUUUAGAUUUAACUGCUGAAAAUGUAUUAAUAACAGAUGAUUAUGAUAUACGUUUAUGUGAUUUUGCUAAAAGUACACCUCUUUAUUCAGAUAAAUUAAGACAUAUAGAUAAAAAGAAAAAAAAAAAAGUGUACUUAUUUGAAUCAUGCGUACCAACUAUAGGAAAACGUGAAUAUACACCAAUAGAGUGUUGGCGAAUUCGAAAAAAGUUGAGAGAAAAAAAUAUAACAGAUCCCUUUGAACAUGUAAAAACUAUUUCUAUGCAAAGGUUCAGAAAAGAAUAUUAUUUUAAUGUUUCACACGCUGAUUAUUUUAUGCUAGGAGUUUUAUUCAUAUGGAUUUGGAACUGUGGCCAUAUGUGGAAAACAUCUUUUCCAUCUGAGAGUGUAAACUUUACAACUUUUCUUGAAAACAAUAUGAAUUUGAGUUGCUAUCCGUCAACUAAAUCAUGGCCAAGCGAUUUCAAAUUUAUAGUUAAGGAAUUGAUGAAUGAGGAAUGCAGGAAAAAACUGAAUUUAAAAAAUUUAAUGACACACCCAUGGUUUAACGAAACAUAA